UAUCCGCGGGAAAUUUGAUCACGAGACUUUGAAUGAAUUGACUGUGAACGCUGUAGAAGUUGAUUUAUUUAAUUGCUGCAAAUUUGUUUUUCUACUUUUUAACCAUUUAAGAUUCUACGUCUUAUUUUUAGCAAUGAAAGAGACUAGUAUGAACAAAUUUUUCACGAUUGCGAAAAGCAACAACGAUUUAUCGGUUAAAUAAGGUACAAAAGUGUCAAAAGUGAUAUAGUGAAGUUCGCGAUAGGUUAGGAAUACUGUUAAGACGUCAAAAUGGGAGGAUGUUGUAUAUUAUACUGCAGAAAUUCGACAGAAAAAGGAUUUUCGAUGAAAUCUUUUCCGGUAAGUCCAGAAAAACGAGAAUUGUGGUUGAAAAUGAUUGACAGACCGGAUUGGGACCCAGGUUUGAAAAGCAGAAUUUGUGAGGCUCACUUUACUUCGGAAAUGUGGGAAAAAACGGAAAGUGGGACAAAAUUAAGUCAAGACGCAGUGCCGACUAUUUUUCCUAAGCCGCCGACCAGGCCGAAAAACGCAGAGAAAAAAAUAAUUAGGAGGAGAAGGAAUAAGGUCUCUGUUUUAUCUGAUCAUGCUUACGUUAAUAAACCAGCUCAAGUGGAGGUUCGAUUACCGAAUCUUCCAAGAGUUGUUUUGGCAUUAAACGCUGAAGAAGCAGUACAGAUGAAAAAGGGCCCUGAACCGAAAUCUAUACUUCAAAAAAAUGUUCAACUCAAGAUUGCAGAGGAAGCUCUGUUUGAACUUAAAAAUAAACUAAAAUUAGUAAGCAUACGAAUAGUUCCCUCUUGCUCAGAAGAGCCAACCAAAAAGAUUGACGCUCAAGAAAAAAAUACCCCCGAGCUUCCCAAAAUUCUGGAAUUAAACGCAAAUGUGGCAACGCAACUGCAAAGGAUUUGCGAGGCGAAAUCUAAUCCUCAAAAAAAUAUACAACCCAAGAAUGCAGAUGGAAAUCCUAUUGAAUCGGUACAAAAUGAACUAAAAUUAGUAAAUGGAUCAAUGUUUCCUCCUUGCUCAGGAGAACAAACCAAAAAACUGAUUGACACUCAGGAAAAAAAGAUCAAGCUUCCAAAAGUUGUUCUGAAAUUAAAUGCCAAUCAAGAUAUACAAAUUCAAAGGAUUCGUGAGCCGGAAUCUCUUCUUCAACAAAAUUUCGAACCCAAGGUUCCAGAUGGAAUUCCGAUUGAAUCGAUACAAGAAGAAUUUAAAUUAGUUAACAGGCCAAUAUUUCCUCCUAUGACAGAGGAACAAAUGAAGAAACGUAUUGAUUCCCAGGGAAAGAAGAUCCUUCAGCUUAAGAAGAAAUUAACAAAACUCAGAUUCGCGGAUAGAAAACUAAAUCGUCAAAAUAGUCUCUACCAAACCAUCGUACGAAGUUUAUUUUCGGAAGAUCAAAUUGAAUUGCUUAUGUCUAAACAAAUGAGUGAGAAAUAUGCAAGAUCUAAAAAAUGGUCCGUUUCUACAAUUGAAAAAGCAAACAACUUUAAAUCAAUUGCUGGAAAUGUGGGAUACCUUGAAUUGUUGAAACUCGGGUACCCUUUUCCAUCUCUUAGAACUUUGAAUAGGGAAAAAUCGAAACUUAGUAAAUGGCAAAAAAGUUCGAGUCCGACUUCAGGCGAUAUUUCAAGAAAUGUUUCAAAGAAUCUUUCGAAAAAUGUUGCAAAAAGGAAGGUUACAGUUCCCAAGAAAAUUAACGGUGAACUAAUUAUUGAUGGAAAAAAUCCAGACGCAGAAAAGGAGAGUCAAGAAAAGAGAUCGAAGACUGAAGUUGAAUCUUAGUUCAGAAAACUAUUUUUUAAGAUGUAUAAAUUGUUUGAAUGUAAAUAUGUCGAGUUAAUCAAACGUAUUCCUUUUGUAAAUAAUUUAAAGUAAUUUAUUUUCUUUCCAAAUUAAAGUACUAUUUUGCUUUUUUU